AUGCUCGGCAGCAAUGUCUUCGUUCUAGAAAGCCCGUGUUGGCUUGUCCAAAAGAAUAGGAUCCCUAAAGCCGAGAAGGUCCUAGCAUUCGCUUACAAAAAUGUCAAUGGCUACAACGUCAAGGAGCAGCUGUCCAUCAUCGUCGCCACCGUCGAGCGCCACCGCCUCAUUAACGUUGAGGAGAAAUCCCAGCUCAGGGAGAUAUUUACGGGCGUCAACCUUUAG